AGCAGCUCCACGGUGACGUCAUGAGGCUGGUCCUGGUUAGACCCACCAAUGAGACGAGUCGCCUUGAUUCCACCGGGGCUGUUCGCGAUGAAAGGGUGGUGGAUCAUCACAGCGCUAGGGAUGCGCUACAGCAGCACGGAGCCGUAGAGGGGAUGCAGCAUCGCUACUCGGGCGCUGUCUUCCAGCAACAAACAGCCAGCCGAGAGCAGAGAAGCACCCGCAGCGCUGCGGCUCAUUCACAAAAACCGUCUCCGAGCGGAGGAACUGCUGCCGCAGUGUGCAGCCUGCCGCCUCCUCCUCCAGGCAGACAGCGCUCCUCCACCUUAUAUCACCAGGAGCUGCCCACCCCGGGCAUUUUCUGCGCCCCACCACCAGCCACUAGCCACGCAGCCAGACAGACAGACCCGAACCAGGCGCCCGGCUUUGACCUGCAGCCUGCACGUCUGCUGCAGAACGCUGGGGCCGCCGGCUCCCUUGCGCAGCCGGAGCAGCCCGCACUCGAGCGCUGCCACUGCAGUCUUUCUGAGCAAGUGAGCGCGUCUCGGCAGCCGCACGGUUUCCCGCAGCCCUCCCCUCCUCCUUCUCCUCCUCCUCCUCCUUCUUCUUCUCCUCCUCCUCCUCCGCCGCCGCCGUCGUCGCUGUUGUUUUCACAGAACGGGAACAGGGGGGACAAUCUGAAGAAAAGCGUUAAUAACCCCCAGGAACGCAGCACCUGCCACUGCAGAGGUGUAGGAGGGCUGCCAGAGCCUGACCGGUCGCUGCAACCGCCGCAGCAGCAGCCCUGUGACCAUUUCCAGUUAGGGCACCCGAACCCCUCCUCCGGCGCGCUCACACAGCACAGGGAGCGUGCGCUGCGCGUGAACGUCUGUGAGCCGAGCGAUGUGAAUCAGCGGCUGUUUUUAUUCCAACCUCAGGACGCGCAGCAGCAGCAGACGCCACAGCUGCAGGUUCAGCAGCAGCGGCUGGUUGGGAGCAGCUUUAUUAACAGCUACUGCGGCAGCGGUUCCGGGGAGCUCAGCAGGAACCAGCAGCAGGAGCGGAGCUGUGAGAAGACGUCCGGCGACGGAAGCCCUUCCCAGCGGCGGCAGUGGCGGCAGCAGCAGGGCAGCAGCGAGCCCUCCGAGAGACCACCCGUCCGCCCCUUGUUGGCGAGAAACGUGUCGGCAGGCAGCAGCAGCAACAGAAGCAGCCUUGCGUGUUCGUCCGGCAGCCAACUGUGGCCGGAGCAGCAGCCCCAGGAAGGAAGCCGCGUCCGGACGGUGGAAGAGCAGGUAAAUGCGGAGCCCAAGAAGCUAAGCCAUGCUGGAUCCAAGCCCUCCCUCUCUGAGAGCAGUUACCCAUUCUCUGAGAUAGCCAUGAACAGCUGCAAGUACAAUGGGGGCGUUGUGAGACCCCUGGGUAGCCUGGGGGCAUCACGGCGAAACCUUGCAGAGCUUGACUCAGAGACGCAGCCCCUCCAGACCCUUCACAGCUCAGGCCUGGAGGUGGUGGUCUCCAAGGGUAACGGCGAGGACCCUAGCAAGGUGUCCAAUGAAAGCUUGGCCAGGGAGGGAGUCACUGCACCACAUAAAAAGAACAAGGACAUUGGCUACAAGUUGGGCCAUCGGAGAGCUCUCUUUGAAAAGCGAAAACGACUAAGCGAUUAUGCCUUGAUCUUUGGGAUGUUUGGCAUUGUCGUCAUGGUUACUGAAACAGAGCUCUCCUGGGGAGUUUACACUAAGGAGUCUUCAUAUUCAUUUGCACUGAAAUGCCUUAUCAGCCUUUCCACUGUUAUAUUGCUUGGUCUCAUUAUAAUGUACCAUGCCCGGGAAAUCCAGUUGUUCAUGGUGGACAACGGGGCAGAUGACUGGAGGAUAGCCAUGACAUAUGAGAGGAUCUUCUUCAUUGUCCUGGAGCUACUGGUGUGCGCCAUCCACCCUAUCCCGGGCCAGUAUGUCUUUACCUGGACCGCUCGGCUGGCCUUUACCUACACGCCUUCAGUGGCUAACGCCGAUGUGGACAUCAUCCUCUCCAUCCCAAUGUUCCUGCGCCUGUACCUGAUUGGUCGUGUCAUGCUACUGCACAGUAAGCUGUUCACAGAUGCCUCGUCUCGCAGCAUCGGUGCCCUCAACAAGAUCAACUUCAAUACCCGGUUCGUCAUGAAGACCCUUAUGACCAUCUGCCCAGGCACUGUGCUGCUGGUCUUCAGCAUCUCAUCCUGGAUCAUAGCUGCAUGGACAGUACGCGUCUGCGAGAGGUAUCAUGACAAACAAGAAGUGACCAGUAACUUUCUUGGAGCUAUGUGGCUAAUUUCUAUAACCUUCCUAUCAAUUGGCUAUGGAGACAUGGUGCCUCACACAUACUGUGGAAAGGGUGUGUGUCUGCUUACUGGAAUCAUGGGGGCUGGCUGCACUGCCCUGGUGGUUGCCGUGGUGGCCAGGAAGUUGGAGUUGACCAAGGCCGAGAAACAUGUUCACAACUUUAUGAUGGACACACAACUCUGCAAACGAGUCAAAAACACGGCUGCUAAUGUACUCAGGGAAACAUGGCUAAUCUACAAACACACCAAGCUGGUAAAGAAGAUCGACCAUGCCAAGGUGCGCAAACACCAGCGCAAGUUUCUGCAGGCCAUUCACCAACUGCGCAGUGUGAAAAUGGAGCAAAGGAAACUCAAUGACCAGGCUAAUACUCUGGUGGACUUGGCUAAGACCCAGAACGUGAUGUAUGACCUGGUGUCAGAGCUGCAGGAGCGCAGCGAGGAACUAGACAAGCGGAUUGGCACGCUGGAGGACAAGCUGGACUCCAUCACGGGCAGCCUGCAGGCACUGCCCGGCCUCCUCUCUCAAGCCAUAACACAGCAGCAGCGGGACUUUUUGGACGGCUUUGCGCACCGAUUCCGGCCUGCUUCACUAGGUUCGGAGCGCUCGUGGACGCCCACGCGGAGACGACGCUCGCCUUCAACGGCACCGCACACGUCCUCUGACAGCGGCUAGCCCCCCCUUCCCUUCCCUCUUCCUCCCUCUGUGCCGCACCGCACCUCUGCCAUCCAACCCUCACGCUGCCCAGGUUCCCGUGCAGACUGACACAGAGUCACAAGAAAAGAAUGAAAACUAAAAAGACAAAAAAAGAUCAAUAUAAAAAUGGUAGAGAUAUGGUUUAUGUUUAGCCAUUGUAUGGCUGUUCAAGUUAGCUUUUUUGUAAAGCCCUUGUAUAGUUACUGACUGAGUUCAGGGUGCUGGGGUGAAGCUGGCUAUCACCGGAGAGUCCUUAAACAAGACAGAAAAAAAACUGCCCAUUGAGGCUGCUGCUCGACGAGUAGUGUUUUCCACAAUGGUCUGCUGGCACGAAAGUGAACUGAGGAGAAUUAUGGCCCCAAGUUGGGAACGGGAAAAAAAAAAAACUAUGGACUUCCGCUUUCAUAUGACAGGUGUCAAAGGUUUCUUUCUAGUAAUGGCUGAGGGGACCUUUGGAAGCUCUGAUACUCACUCUAUUCUCUGAACGCAAUAAAAAGGAGAGAUGGCUCCAGGGACAGGGGACAGCCGUGGUUUUCCCCCCAGGCUGUAGGGAAAAAAAAAAAAAUGCUGACAGUAUAUAAACAGUGCAGAUCAGUCAUAGACCUGUC